AUGUCUGCACAUCCCCAAGGCGGCCACUAUGACGAUGGCUACGGCCAUCAAGGUCAAGAUGCCUACUACCACGACGACCAGUACGGCCAAUACCACGAUGACCAGCGUGGCGCCUACCAGGACCAGCAGCACGCUCAACACGGCGAUGCUUACUACGAUGAAUCUGCCUACUACGACGGCCAGCAGGGCGGCCACUAUCAACAGAACGGCCACUAUGACGAUCGUGGCCAGCAGGGCUAUCAAGACGAGUAUUACAACGAUCAGUAUUACGACCAGGGAGGGCAUGGCCAGGAUGGCUAUGGCGCGAGACCUCGCCGCCAGCACGACUCUGAAGAAGACUCCGAGACCUUCAGCGACUUCACAAUGCGCUCCGACAUGGCUCGUGCGACAGACAUGGACUACUACGGUCGCGGCGAUGAACGAUACAACAGCUACGGCGGUGGUGGUCAAUACCGUCCCCCAUCAUCACAGAUCUCGUAUGGCGGCAAUCGCUCGUCAGGGGCGUCGACGCCCAUCUACGGCAUGGACUACACUAACGCUCUUCCUGCGGGCCAGCGCUCCCGGGAGCCCUACCCGGCCUGGACCGCCGAAGCACAGAUCCCAUGCACGAAGGAAGAGAUCGAGGAUAUCUUUCUAGAGUUGACUGCAAAAUUCGGUUUCCAAAGGGACAGCAUGAGGAACGUGUAUGACCACUUCAUGACCCUGCUCGACUCGCGUGCGUCCCGCAUGUCGCCCAAUCAGGCCCUUCUCUCGCUCCACGCAGACUACAUUGGUGGUGAGAACGCCAACUACCGCCGCUGGUACUUUGCUGCUCACCUCGACCUGGACGAUGCCGUCGGUUUCUCGAACAUGAAGCUCGGCAAGGCAAGCCGGAGAACACGGAAAGCCCGCAAAGCGGCAAAGAAGGCAGCUUCCGAGAACCCUGGUAACGAGCAGGAAGUCUUGGACGCGUACGAAGGUGACAACAGCCUUGAAGCCGCAGAAUACCGGUGGAAGACACGCAUGAACCGCAUGUCCCAGCACGACCGCGUGCGCCAGGUUGCUCUUUACCUCCUUUGCUGGGGUGAAGCCAACCAGGUCCGCUACAUGCCGGAAUGUCUGUGCUUCAUUUUCAAGUGCGCCGAUGAUUGGCUCAACUCGCCUGCCGGCCAAGCGCAGACCGAGCCCAUUGACGAGUUCACCUACCUUAACAACGUGAUUACUCCGCUUUACCAAUACUGCCGAGAUCAAGGUUACGAGAUUCAAGACGGCAAGUACGUUCGUCGGGAACGCGACCACGCAGCCAUCAUUGGUUACGAUGAUAUCAACCAGCUCUUCUGGUACCCUGAAGGUCUGGAGCGUAUCGUGAUGGAAGACAAAUCACGUAUUGUCGAUCUGCCCCCGGCUGAGCGAUUCGCCAAGUUGAAGGACGUCGUCUGGAAGAAGGUAUUUUUCAAGACCUACUACGAACGACGCUCGUGGUUCCACAUGAUCGUCAACUUCAACCGCAUCUGGGUCAUCCAUGUUGCGGCUUUCUGGUUCUACACCGCUUACAACUCGAAACCUGUCUACACGAAGAAUUAUGAACAGCAGACCGACACCCAACCUAAUGAGGCUGCAACCUUGUCUGCUGUCGGUCUUGGUGGUACUGUUGCCGCCUUUAUCCAACUCAUGGCCACCCUCUGCGAAUGGGCGUACGUUCCACGAAAAUGGGCAGGUGCUCAGCACUUGACGAAACGAUUACUCUUCAUCCUCCUCGUUCUGGUCAUCAACGCUGCCCCAGCCGUCUACAUUUUCGUGUUGGACAACCAGGAAGGCACGAUCCCCAAGAUCCUCGGAAUCGUACAGUUCAUCAUCGCCUUGAUCACAUUCUUCUUCUUCUCGGUCAUGCCAUUGGGUGGUCUCUUCGGCAGCUACAUGAAGCGCAACUCUCGCCAGUACGUCGCUAGCCAGACAUUCACUGCUAGCUACCCGCGCCUCAAGGGCAACGACAUGUGGAUGUCCUACGGACUGUGGGUCAUGGUCUUCGCUGCCAAGUUCUCCGAGUCUUACUUCUUCUUGACCCUAUCGCUCAAGGACCCCAUCCGCAUUCUGUCCCAUAUGAAGAAGCCCAACUGUCUGGGUGAUGCGAUCAUUGGAGACAUCUUGUGCAAGUACCAGCCCAGGAUCCUCCUUGGCCUGAUGUACUUCACCAGUCUGGUCCUUUUCUUCUUGGAUACCUACCUCUGGUACAUCAUUCUCAACAUGCUCUUCUCCGUGUCUCGCUCCUUCUACCUCGGUAUCUCCAUCUGGACGCCCUGGAGAAACAUCUUCUCUCGCCUCCCCAAGCGAAUCUAUUCUAAGGUUCUAGCCACGACAGAUAUGGAGAUCAAGUAUAAGCCCAAGGUUCUCAUCUCUCAGAUCUGGAAUGCUAUCGUUAUAUCCAUGUAUCGCGAGCAUCUCCUAGCCAUCGAUCACGUCCAGAAGCUGCUCUAUCACCAGGUUCCUUCGGAGCAGGAAGGCAAGAGGACUCUUCGUGCGCCCACCUUCUUCGUGUCUCAGGAAGACCACUCCUUCAAGACUGAGUUCUUUCCUGCCAUGAGCGAGGCUGAACGUCGUAUUUCGUUCUUCGCGCAGUCCUUGUCCACUCCGAUUCCCGAGCCACUGCCUGUUGACAACAUGCCUACCUUCACUGUUUUGAUUCCGCAUUACAGCGAGAAGAUUCUUCUGUCUCUCCGUGAGAUCAUUCGCGAGGACGAACCGUACUCCCGCGUUACUCUCUUGGAAUAUCUUAAGCAGCUUCACCCUCACGAGUGGGACUGCUUCGUUAAGGACACAAAGAUUCUUGCCGAUGAGACCUCGCAGUACAAUGGUGAUUCCGAAAAGUCUGAGAAGGACACUGCGAAGAGCAAGAUUGAUGAUCUUCCCUUCUAUUGCAUUGGUUUCAAGUCCGCUGCCCCUGAGUACACUCUCCGGACUCGUAUCUGGGCCUCUCUCCGAUCUCAGACACUGUACCGCACUAUCUCAGGUUUCAUGAACUACAGCCGUGCCAUCAAGCUGCUUUACCGCGUCGAGAACCCCGAAGUCGUCCAGAUGUUCGGCGGCAAUUCUGACAAGCUUGAACGCGAACUCGAGCGUAUGGCCAGGCGCAAGUACAAGAUCUGUGUGUCCAUGCAGCGUUACGCCAAGUUUUCCAAAGAGGAACGUGAGAACACCGAGUUCUUGCUGCGUGCCUACCCCGAUCUGCAGAUUGCUUACCUUGACGAGGAGCCCCCGCUCAACGAAGGUGAUGAGCCCCGCAUCUAUUCUGCUCUUAUCGACGGACACUCUGAAAUCAUGGACAAUGGCAUGCGUCGACCCAAGUUCCGUGUCCAGCUUUCCGGCAAUCCCAUCCUUGGAGACGGAAAGUCCGACAACCAGAACCACUGCAUCAUCUUCUACCGUGGGGAGUACAUCCAGUUGAUCGACGCUAACCAGGACAACUACCUCGAGGAGUGCCUCAAGAUCCGUAGCGUCCUCGCCGAAUUCGAAGAAAUGACGACCGAUAACGUCUCCCCGUACACCCCAGGUAUCCCGAACCCCAAUUUCAACCCCGUUGCCAUUCUCGGAGCCCGUGAAUACAUCUUCUCCGAGAACAUUGGUAUUCUUGGUGACGUUGCCGCCGGUAAGGAACAGACAUUCGGUACUAUGUUCGCACGUACCCUGGCUCAAAUCGGUGGUAAACUGCAUUACGGUCAUCCUGAUUUCCUCAAUGGUAUCUUCAUGACCACCCGUGGCGGUGUUUCCAAGGCACAGAAGGGUCUCCACCUGAACGAGGACAUCUACGCUGGUAUGAACGCUCUUCUCCGUGGUGGCAGGAUAAAGCACUGUGAGUACUACCAGUGUGGUAAGGGUCGUGAUCUUGGUUUCGGCUCUAUUCUCAACUUCACCACCAAGAUUGGUACUGGUAUGGGCGAACAGAUGUUGUCUCGUGAGUACUACUACCUCGGUACGCAACUGCCUCUGGAUCGCUUCCUCUCGUUCUACUACGCUCACCCGGGCUUCCACAUCAACAACUUGUUCAUUAUGUUGUCGGUGCAGUGCUUCAUGUUCGUACUCCUCCACCUCGGGGCGCUCAAACACGAGACCAUCAUUUGCCGGUACAACAAGGAUAUCCCAAUCACCGAUCCACAGUGGCCCAAUGGUUGCGCAAACUUGGUUCCUGUCUACGACUGGGUCUCACGUUGCAUCCUGUCCAUUUUCAUCGUCUUCUUCAUCGCUUUCGUGCCUCUCGUGGUCCAAGAGUUGACAGAGCGCGGUUUCUGGCGUGCCGCUACCCGCCUGGGCAAGCACUUCUCUUCCAUGUCUCCGCUCUUCGAGGUCUUCGUCUGCCAGAUCUACGCCAACGCUCUCACCACUGAUCUGUCGUUCGGUGGUGCUCGUUACAUUGGUACCGGCCGUGGUUUCGCUACCGCACGUAUCCCAUUCGGUAUUCUCUACUCCCGUUUCGCUGGGCCUUCCAUGUAUCUGGGUGCUCGUUCCCUCAUGAUGCUUCUCUUCGGCACCCUCACCGUUUGGGGUCCGUGGUUGAUCUACUUCUGGGCAUCCCUGCUGGCGAUGUGCAUCUCUCCCUUCGUCUUCAACCCUCACCAAUUUUCUUGGGACGAUUUUUUCAUCGACUAUCGCGAAUACCUCCGUUGGCUCUCUCGCGGAAAUACUCGGUCUCACAGCGCUUCCUGGAUCGGUUUCUGCCGUCUUUCGCGUACGCGACUUACGGGUUACAAGCGCAAGGCUCUUGGCGACCCAUCCUCCAAGCUAUCUGGUGAUGUUCCGCGCGCCCGGUUCGCUAACAUCUUCAUGGGUGAAAUCGUCGGACCCCUCGUUUUGGUCGCCCUCACCCUGAUUCCUUAUCUGUUCAUCAACGCACAGACUGGUGUAUUGGCAGAGAACAACGAUGAUGUGACCCCCAAGAAGACGAACUCCCUCAUCCGUGUCGCCCUAGUCGCCUUCGGUCCCAUUGCCGUCAAUGCUGGUGUUCUCGCCGGUCUCUUCGCUAUGGCUUGCUGCGCUGGUCCCCUCUUGGGCAUGUGUUGCAAGAAGUUCGGUGCUGUAUUGGCCGCUAUUGCCCACGCUAUUUCGGUGAUCAUGCUCUUCGCUUUCUGGGUCGUCAUGAUGUUCCUCGAGGGCUUCAACUUCACCAAGGCUUUGUUGGGUAUGAUCGCAGUUGUGGCUAUCCAGCGAUUCUUCUUCAAGCUCAUCAUCUCCCUUGCUCUCACUCGUGAGUUCAAGGCUGACACUGCCAACAUCGCCUGGUGGACCGGAAAGUGGUACACUAUGGGUUGGCACACGAUUUCCCAGCCUGGCCGCGAAUUCCUUUGCAAGAUUACUGAGCUGGGCAUGUUCGCUGCCGAUUUCAUUUUGGGCCACUUCAUCCUGUUCAUCAUGCUUCCGCCUCUGCUCGUCCCUAUGGCUGAUAAGGUUCACUCGGUCAUGUUGUUCUGGCUCCGACCUAGUCGUCAAAUCCGACCUCCUAUUUACUCAUUGAAGCAGACCAAGCUGCGCAGGAGGAGAGUGGUCCGUUACGCCAUCCUCUACUUCCUCCUCCUGGUUGUCUUCAUUGCUCUCCUCGUCGGCCCAGUGGUUGCCGGCAAAUUCUUGAAGCUGAACAUCGACAUUCCCAUGGAUCUCCUCCAGCCUACUGGCCAGAACAAUAACGAUACCACAUCGUCGGUCACUGGUACUUGCAUAAACGGUGCAUGCCCUGGUCCUGGUGGAGAUGAUUCGGAGGCAACCUCGACCGACAGCUCUGCCAAGCUCCGUCGGUUCAUGGCCUUCUAG